UUUGUAGGCGGCCGAUUCUUGUCUUUUGUGUUUAUCUUCAGCUUGUAGUUGUUUGGCGAAUAGAUCGACGCGAUCAAGAUCGCUCCCUCUUCGCCAAUGGACGUGAACAAUAAAACCGCUUAAAUGGUAGCUUGCAUCAAGUGCAAACGUAAACAUGAACAAAGGGUGGCUGGAGCUCGAGAGCGACCCAGGAUUGUUCACUUUGCUAGUCGAAGAUUUUGGUAUUAAAGGUGUACAGGUCGAGGAAAUAUAUGAUCUUCAAAGCAAGUGUCAAAGCCCAGUCUAUGGCUUCAUCUUUCUAUUUAAGUGGAUUGAGGAGCGCCGAUCCCGGAGGAAAGUUAAUACUUUGGUGGAUGAAACCUCUGUCAUUGAUGAGGAGAUAGUUAAUGAUAUGUUCUUUGCACAUCAGCUGAUACCAAAUUCAUGUGCCACUCAUGCUUUGCUGAGUGUGCUUCUGAAUUGCAGCGGUGUCGAGCUUGGCACCACCCUAAGUCGCAUGAAAGCUUUCACAAAAGGUUUCAGCCCAGAGAGUAAAGGUUAUGCCAUCGGAAAUGCCCCAGAGCUGGCCAGAGCACAUAACAGCCAUGCCCGACCGGAGCCUCGGCACCUGCCAGAGAAACAGAAUGGGAUUAGCGCAGUGCGAACUAUGGAGGCCUUCCACUUUGUGAGCUAUGUCCCCAUCAAAGAUCGCCUCUUUGAGCUUGACGGGCUCAAGGCCUACCCUAUUGACCACGGCCCAUGGGGAGAGGAGGAGGAAUGGACGGAUAAGGCUCGGCGGGUUAUCAUGGAGAGGAUCGGCCUGGCUACUGCCGGCGAGCCAUAUCACGACAUCCGCUUCAACUUGAUGGCAGUGGUGCCGGAUCGUAGGAUGAAGUACGAGUCCAAACUGGAGGUGUUAAAGAAGAAUCGACAGACGAUUCUGGAAGGUCUACAGAAGAUGAUCCGACUUACCCAACCUGAACUUGUCCACGACAAGAAGCAGCAGGACUCUUCCGCACUUGACAGCAGCACCAAUUCAAUCAAGAAAGAAGCAGAAGUGAAGCUAAUAACAUCGCAAGGGGUUGAUCAAGCUUCUCCUGAUUCUGUUGAUGAGUCAAGAGGGAAAUCAAAAGCUGCCCCCAUUUCUUCAGGAAACACUAAGGCCACAGGAAAAGCACACGGAGGAGGCUCACAGCAAGUCGUCAAUCCAAUCGUUCAACGCUUGCCCGCCUUCCUCGACAAUCACAAUUACGCCAAGUCACCGAUGCAGGAAGAGGAGGAUCUCGCUGCCGGCGUCGGACGUUCUCGAGUGCUGGGACCCGUACGAGCAGCAUACUCCGAGGAUGAAGAUGACUAUGAGGAUGAGGAGGAAGUCACGGAAUCUGCUGGAGCAUCAACAAGGUUCAGGCGAAAGGCAAGUCUGCGAUCACGAACAGCAAGGGUCGUAACCGGAAUGGAGAGCCAGAUCGCUCUCGGUGUGUUGGCUGAGAAACUGAAGAAGGAGGCCCAAAAAAAAGAAUCCCUCAACACACCGCUCUCCGUGCGCACCGAAGGCCGCACCGGCGGCAUUUGCAUCACGUCGACUUCGCAGCCCUCACCCACACCCAGCAACGAGAGCACCGACACGGCCUCGGAGAUUGGCAGCGCCUUCAACUCGCCUCUUCGCUCACCCGCACGCUCGCAAGCCGCCACACGUCCGUCUAGUCCCGUAGCAUCCCAUCUGUCACGCGUGCUGUUCGGAGAAGACGAGUUGCUCCGACUAGACUCCCGACAUAAUCGUGCUGUAAGAGAACUGGGUCCGUCUGUCAGUAUGGCCUUGCUACAUCUACUGGAGGAUGGAGUCAUCUAUUCUCUUCCACCAUCUGAUGUGGCUUUAGAUGCAGUUAAGCCGCCUUGCAGUCCUGAGAAGAUAAAGGACAAAGAUCAAGUUGAGAAGGAGACGACAGAUGAAAAGGACAAGGGACCAUCUGUGGAGGUGAAAAAAGAGGAAGAGGAGGAAAACAAAGAUGGCGAAGAUGUGAAACCUAGCAAGGAAAAGCUCGACGCCCCCGAGCCUGCCGCUGACAGCAAGCCCCCGGGGGAUAAGUACUCACCCAAAGAGUUGCUUGCACUGCUCAAGUGCGUGGAGGCAGACAUUGCCAAUUAUGAAGUCUCUCUAAAGGAGGAAGUGGAGAAAAGAAAGAAAUACAAAAUUGACGAUCAGAGGAGGACGCAUAAUUAUGAUGAAUUCAUUUGCACCUUUAUAUCAAUGCUGGCCCAAGAAGGGAUGCUCGCCAGCCUGGUUGAGCAGAACAUUUCGGUGCGUCGUCGACAGGGAGUGAGCAUCGGCCGCCUGCACAAACAGAGGAAGCCCGAUCGCAGGAAACGCUCCCGACCUUAUAAGGCCAAGCGCCAGUAAUGUCAAGCUGUAAGAAUCAAUCGCAAUUAUCAUGGUAAAACAGAAAUCGCCACCCUCGUGAACUUCAUCAUGUUGUCAAGUUCAUUGUGGCGUUUUAGUCCCUGUUUCAUAAUCUUCAUGAAACUGAGCUAAUUAUUUGCUCAGUUUUUUUUAAACAAUGUGAGUAUAAAUGCAAGACUUUUUUAGUGAUAAUGUAAACUGACAUUUACCAUUUGUACAUAUGAAAGCAAAGAAAAGGAAUUUAGUGAACUUGAAUGCUCUUUUUGGUCUCACAAAGUUUUUGGACACAACUUCUCCAGACUCAUGAUCAUAGUCUGAUUUUUUUUUUCUCCCAAAUGUAAAAUAUUCAAUGUCUAUACAUCAUGAAAUUGCUUCUUCUAGAUAAAAAAAAAUGCAAUCCUUUAUGGAUAUUUUUAAUUAAUAAGAUAUUUUGGGGAAACAUUUUCAACUUGCAAUAUUGUUAUUUUUCUGUAAAAAGUCAAUAAUAUCCUGUCAUUUUUUUAACCUAAAAGAUAUCUCAGAAUGAAGUAAGAAUGUGCAUAUUUGUAUGUGUGUGUCUUGUGCAUAUUUAUAUGUAACUCUGAGCAGCAGGAACUCCCUGAGCUCAAGUGUUAUUACCGUUGUGGGUGCCAUUUCAUACUGAAAUAAAGUCAAUUCAAACCGUC